AUGGCACAAAAAUCAGAAGAAAAGAAAAUUGUCGGACUUCUCCCCAUGGAACUAGCCGAGACAAAUGAAAAUGAUACUAUUCAUAACACAGAAAUAAUUGUUUUGUCGGGAUUCCAAGAGGGAAAAAAUGUAUCCAUUUUAAAAGAUGAAUUAAAAACUUUGUUUGAAGUUACGAAUAAAACAUCGAUACCGAACGAACGAAAAAAAAGAGAAGCUCAUAAUAUUAAAUUCAAAGAUACCCCAGACCAAAAAGCAAAAAAAAUAAUAGCUGAACAUGAACUUCUUUGUAAUGAUGAUGGCCACAAAGAUGUUUGCAAAGAACUGUUUAUGACUUUGAAAUCCCGUGCAGAAAAUAAAUUUUCAAAUCAUCAUGACAACAAUAAAGAGCUUAUUACUAUGCAAGAAAACGUAAAAAACGAGAUUAUUGAUAAUACAAAUCCUGUACGUAAUAUUAGCCCAGAUAUAUCAAAAAGAGAAACAAACCCAUCAUAUAUUAAUGAUAUUUUAAGACCUGUAAAAACUGUGUCUAAUGAUAGACAUAUUUAUUCCUAUUAUGACUCUGAUAGACUACAACAAAUACAGCAAACAUAUGUACAACCAAUGGUUCAUUUGAAUGAUCAUUUCAAUCCUCAGAUAAGGGAUCAGUGUUUAUUAAAACGACUCAUGAGGCAAACUUAUCCAAAUUUAGACGGAGCAUUUGAUAAUCAUCACCAGGUAUAUCACCCAUUAAUUCCCUCAUAUCCAAUAACCAGGCAAUUCCCACCCGACGUUAUAUCACCCUAUGUUCAAAAUCGUGAGAUGGAAUUGUCCAAAGAAAAACCACAUCCGCAAGAUAUGGCAAUAGUAAUGAAAUUUAUUAAUUCCAAGCGCGGAUCAACUCCAAAAGAAACACACUCCAAUUCUUCUGUAAAUGAGAUUGAAUGCCGAACAGGCACGAUAUCUUGUGAUAGUGGUAGUUUUUGUAUUGAAGAAAACAGGUGGUGUGAUGGUAACGUCGACUGUGACGAUGUCAGCGAUGAAUCAAAAUGUAGUUGCAAAUCUAGAGUAGAUGAAUCUAGAAUUUGUGAUGGCUAUUUCGAUUGCCCCUUUGGUGAAGAUGAAAUGGGAUGUUACGGUUGUAGCGAGGAUAGUUUUAGUUGUGAAGAUUUAGAUUUUAAUUCAAGAAGUACAUGUUUUUUUAAGGACCAACGUUGUGAUAACAUAGCUGAUUGUCCAAACCAUAAAGACGAAAUUGACUGUACGAUGUUGGCUUCAAACUUACAUAAAAAAUCUUUGUUUGCUGUAUCAAAUACAGAAGGAUUCCUGCAUAGAAAUUAUAAAGGAAAUUGGUAUGCUGUUUGUAGCAACCCUUAUAUGUGGGCACAUGAUGUUUGUCGUCGCGAAACAGGACUUAUAAUAAGACCACCUUAUAUUCAAAUUAUACCAAUAGACCCAUUACUUAAAUUAAAUUACAUAAAUACGGGCCCCGCUGGCCUCUUACGUAAGAGCAACACUUGUUUAAAUUCUUCUGCUGUGUAUGUAACGUGCCCGGAAUUAUUGUGCGGUACAAGAAUUCUUUCUGCAUCCCAGCUUUUAAAAGAGAAUGCAAUGGAAAACAAUCUCUUUGGUCGGAACAAAAGAUAUCUUCUCCAAAAGCGCCCACAUCCUAUGAUGUUUUACGGCGACCGCAUGAAAAGAUAUACAACAAAUAAAAGUGGGGGAUCAGACAACCUUUUGAAUUAUUUAAGUAAAGGUAAAAUUGAUGAAGCGAGGAGCAAAAGAGCACAGGGUAGAGUGGUUGGAGGUAAACCCAGUCAACCGGCAGCUUGGCCUUGGAUGGUUGGCUUGUAUAGAGAUGGAAUUUUUCACUGUGGUGGAGUGAUAAUAAAUCAAAAUUGGGUCAUGUCUGCGGCUCAUUGUGUUCAUAAUUUUUGGCAGUACUAUUAUGAAGUGCAAGUCGGUAUGCUUCGUCGAUUUUCUUUCUCGCCUCAAGAGCACAACCAUCGUGUAACUCAUGUUAUUGUGAACCAAAACUAUAAUCAAGAAGAUAUGAAAAAUGAUCUGUCGCUAUUAAGAGUAAAACCUGGUAUACAAUUUAGUCGUUGGGUUCGACCGAUAUGCUUACCAAGCCCAGAGGUUGCUGGAGCAGAUUGGAUGUGGGGACCACAACCUGGAACCUCUUGUACUGCUGUAGGAUGGGGAGCCACUAUAGAACAUGGACCAGAUCCUGAUCAUAUGCGUGAAGUUGAAGUCCCGAUUUGGGAAAAUUGUAAACAUGAAGAAGAUAAAGCUGGUAAGGAAAUUUGUGCUGGUCUUGCUGAAGGAGGAAGAGAUACGUGCCAGGGCGAUAGUGGUGGACCACUAUUGUGUAGAAAUCCUAUGAAUUCUCAACAGUGGUAUGUAGCCGGCAUCGUUAGUCAUGGGGAUGGAUGCGCAAGAGAAGGUGAACCAGGUGUUUACACCAGAGUCAGUAUUUUUGUGAAAUGGAUAAGAUUCCAAAUUUCAUCAAAAACUUUACCAAUCAUUCAACCAAAACAAGACUGUCCGGGUUUCAGAUGUGACUCUGGAAUGACAAAAUGUAUACCCAAAAAACGUAUGUGUGAUAAAAUAAUAGAUUGCCUCGAUGGAGAAGAUGAAUACAAUUGCGACGUGAUUCAAUCUUCUGAAACUAAUACUCUCUCGGUACCUAAAUCUGAUAUUAAAUAUGACUCAAAUAUUAGCAACAACUUUAUUAAAGUAGUAACAAAACCCACAACAUCUAAUUCAGAAGAGAAAGAAACUAUAAGUCGUUUAACAACGGAAAUUAGCAGCACUUAUAUUGACUAUACUAAUACAUUAUCUCCAGAGGUACAAACGGCGGAACUGAACACAAAGUCAGACGAACUUGAAGAAGAUUUAAAAUAUACUUCAACUGAAAAAGUUUCAAACGUUAAUUACACACAAGAAAACGAAAAUGACGUGAGAGUUGACGAUAAUCAUAUAGUAGAUCCAAGUAACGUCACAAAAUUAUCAAACGAAGAGCUAGGACAAAAAUUAAUAACAUUAAAUCACUCAAAAUAUCCAAUAGACUCGAUGUCAUUUAUUUUAGAAAGUAGCACUAUGCAAAAUAACGAUGUUUUGAAUCAAGAAAAUAAUGAUUUAACUACAACGGAACUUAAUUUAGAUAAUUUCCUUCAAACAAGUACCCAUGAUAAUACCAACGAACAUUUUGAUAGCGAUAUAGGUCAAAGUUCUAAUAAACUAAUUAUUGAAUCACUUUCUAAUUCUGAUCUUGUUCUGGAAAAUUUUAAUGAUGGAACAAACAUAAAUAGUAAUAUUAUUGAAAUAAUCAACCAAGUUUCCUCAGAUUCAACCAGUGUUGAGGAUUCACAUAAUAUUAGGCAACUUGACACAAGAAGUGAAAUAAUUAAUGAUGUAGACAUGAUUAUGUUUUCAGAAUUUCAACCAGCAAAAAAAAGAAAGAAAAACUUAGCAUCAAAAGAAUUUAAUUGUAGUCGAAUAUCCCAAACAGUCCCGUUUAUUAAUCGAUGUGAUCAAGUAGCAGAUUGUGAAGAUGGCACUGAUGAACUUGAUUGCACAUGUCUAGAUUAUUUGACGAAGUUUGACAACAAUCUCAUAUGUGAUGGCUAUUUUGAUUGCGCAGACGGUCAGGAUGAAUUAGAUUGUUAUACUUGCGAAGAAGACCAAUUCCUAUGUAAACGAGAUCAAAUGUGUCUAUCUCCAAAUUAUGUUUGCGAUGGUACACAACAAUGUCCACUAGGAGAAGAUGAGGUUAAUUGCUACGCACUUUCAAAUGGAAAACACAUUAUUUAUGAUUUGAAUAAUAUACCACUUGUGACUUCAAAGGGCUUUCUAACAAAGAAGUAUAACAACAACUGGCAUAUUGUUUGUGAAGAAGACAUGUCGAUUCAGCAACAACAACAAGCCGCAUCUCAUAUGUGUCGCUACCUAGGAUUCAGUGCAGCAAAUAGAUUUAUAAUAAAAUAUAUAAAUUUGAAAGAUGACGUACUUAAUUCUAUUGAAAACACGAAAAGAAAGCGGAACAUAGAGAAUAAACUACCUGUUUAUUUUGCAUAUAAAGCUAGUAAUAACACUAAAUUUAGUAAUUAUAAUAUCAUAGAAGAUCCUCAAGUUAUAAAGGAAGAAUGUGUACCCAAUGUAACAAAAACUUGCAUGGCGUUGUAUAUAUAUUGUGAUCAUUCUCUUUUCACCGAUUUUACUAGUAUCCAGCUUCGUAACAAGCAACAAGCAAAUAAUGAAUCUAACCUUUCUCAAUUGUCCAAUCAAUUAUGGCCAUGGGUAGCCAAGUUGUAUAUAGAUGGAACAUAUAAAUGUACUGGUGUUUUAGUAGAUUUAUCCUGGGUUUUAAUUAGCAGUUCCUGUUUACAUAGUAUUACAAUGAGACAUCACUACAUUUCAGUAUUACUUGGAUCUCAUAAAACGCUCAAUACUACCGUAGGGCCAUAUGAGCAAGUUUACCCAAUCGAUGCGAAGAAGGAAUUGUAUCGCAGUAAAGUUGUAUUAUUACAUUUAAGGCAGCCGGCAGUUUAUUCAGCUAUGGUAAAACCGAUGGUGGUUAUAUCAUCAUAUCAUGAAGACAAAAAAAACACAUUAUGUGUAGCGGUGGGACAAGAUGAAAAUAACAGGACCUUUAACGUCCUUUUAAAGGAAACUGUCAACUGUGAUUUGCACAAUCGAUGCUUCAUCCGUCAAGAAAAUUACACACGCCACGUUAGUACAGCUUUAGCCGCUUGUGGUGAUAAAAGACAGUUAAAUCUUUACUUACAAAAAUGUCAAUACGUGAUUGAGCAUUAUAAUGGCAACGAGGAACAAAAUCUUUACGUUUUUAAUGCUUUAACGAGUAGACUAAGAGAUGAUGCAGCUGCGCUUUUAUCCGAACGAGAGGACAUUGUAACAUGGUCCACUUUAAAAACUCUGUUAAUCCAACAUUUUGGAGACCCUCGCAGUGAAGAGUGCAUUAAUAUGGAGUUAGAAUCCUUAAAAAUUAAUCCAGUGCGUAUAGUUAGGCUUAAAUCACCCACAACUUUAGAAGCAGCUUUAAGUAUUGUUCUCGAGGAAGUAAACUUCUUAGAGCAAUAUAAAAUGCGUAAUCAUGUACAUGGUAAUAGCCAAAUUAUGGGUUCAUGGCCACCGAUUACACAACCAUUUGGUCACAAGCCCAGCUUACCUUUUUAUUCUAAAUUUAAUUUUAAUAAUUCUCAAAAGGCACCUCAAAUUCAAAGUCAAGGUCCACUACCAAGGCCAUCGUUCGGUUUUAGACCUCAUUUAGGUUUCCGAUCGCAACAAAUUGGGUACAAACCCCCACAGCAGUUCGGGUAUAAGCCCCCACAACAACUAGGGUACGAACCCCCUCAGCAAUUUAGCUUCAAGCCACCACAACCUCAACAACAAACCAAUGAUGUAUCCAUGAGAACAGCUCAGCCAAAAAUGCAACCAGAAUUUAAUUUAAAUAAAUUAACCAUGACUAACUGUGAAGAGAAUUUUCCAUGUGAUGAACAUUAUUAUUACGACAAUGAAUGUUCAAAUGAUAUCGAUAUCAAUUACUGUUAUGAUGCUGAUGCAAAAAUCAACGCCUUAAAUUCAGAUGAAGAAAAUCAGUCACAAGUAGUUAGUGUUGAUCAAAGCCUAGAUUGCGGUGAUUCAUCAGCAAUGACUAUAUCAGAUUUAAGUCAAACAGCAACAGCUAGUUCUAUAGAAAUUCCUAAUGAAAAUGUAAAUAAAAAUGGCUAUCCUGUGCGAUCAGAGUCUAGUAGAUUGGAAAAGAUUCAUUCAGACUUGAAUUCAGGGCUAUCUGGAAUACCAAUUUUGAAUGAGGCCAUAGACACCAAAACUAACCAGAUUUUAGUUUUUCCAUGGCUCAAAAACGAUAUGCAAGUAACAGGUCUAUCGCGUGAUAACCAGAAGGUCUUAAAAGUUUUCUUACCAACAGAACGGGUAGAAUAUGUUGAAGAUGAAGGAGAACAGAGAGCCAUCAUAAGUAAACAUCAUGAAGGAAAGACAUGCCACCGGAGCAUUAAGGAGACUUUAGUUCGGAUUCGUAGAAAUUACUAUUGGAAUAGAAUGCAGGAGGCAGUUACAGCAGUUAUAAAUAGUUGUGAAGCAUGCCGGAAAAUGAAAUAUGAUAGAAAACCCAUUAAACCUGUUCUGCAACUGACAAAAACCCAGGAUGCCCCGUUUCAGGAAAUGGUUAAGGAACAUGCAAAACGGAUCAGAGUAUUGUUAACGGGUAAGAUGGUAGCAAAAAGGAAAAGGGUUAGGAAAAAGACAAGUGGUGAAGCUAACAUUGAGUUUCCUGAAGGAGAAAUUGUUUUUGCAAAGGACGUUAAUAAGCGUAAAAGCAAAGAUAAACCAAGAUAUGUGAAGCGACCAAUUCCUAUGCACCAACGAGCUCUAAUAGAAUCAAAUGUCGCUAAGAAGAUACCAAUUAAAAUGCAUAUGACUCUAUCUAGGGCAUGUGUACUCAACAUGAAAGGAAUAAGUUUAGAUGAAGUGAAAUAUAUGGCCUUUUCGUUGAAACAUAGUGCAGUGAUUAAAAGUGUUUUGAAUGAUAAGAAAGACAAUAACUUCAGUGAAAUUUUAGGAUAUGUUACAUUAGUUCUAUCUUGUACAAACUCCGAAUGGGCAGGUAUAAUUUCAUGUCACAGCAAGCAAGGAUGGUAUCCAGCGGCGUCAUUUGUUGAAACUCAAGAUUGUGCUCAGAGUAAUCGAAUAAUAGGAACCGAUAUUGGAAAUUUGAAACAUGAAAUCAAAUCUUACGAAGGUAAAAUUUCGUUAUCAGAUUCUAUAGAAAAAAAUGAGUUUGACGAAUGCGAGGGAGUACGCUGUAAACGGGGUAAAUGUCUCAAAUUACGAAAUGUCUGUGAUGGAGUCACUCAAUGUGAAGACGGCGCUGAUGAGUCCAAAGACGCCUGUAAAAAGAAAUCGGACAUAUGCAUCCGGGAUCCGCAUUAUCACGGCUGUGAAUGUCCAGUCGGACAAAUGAAAUGUCGUAACGGCCGAUGUAUUCUGAAAGAGCUCUUCAGAGACGGACACGAUGACUGUGGCGAUGGUACUGAUGAACCCGGACAUACGUCUUGCUCUGAUUAUCUCAGCCGUGUGAUGCCCUCUAGACUUUGUGACGGAAUUCUUCACUGUCACGAUAGGAGCGAUGAAGACCCAAUGUUUUGUAAAUGCUUUGCUAAGAAAGCAUAUAAGUGUUCUCAAACGUCCAGUGAUGAAGAUUAUUGCGUACCAAUUGAUAUGGUUUGCGAUAAUGUAAAGGAUUGUCCCAAUGGAGAUGACGAGCGAACUUGCAUCGGCUUAAAAUCGCCUAAGGGAACUCCACACGGCAUAGGUGAAGUAAUCGUAAGAUCACAUGGUGUAUGGUAUUCUAAAUGCUAUCCGAAACAAAACCAUACAAGGUCUGAAUUAGAGGCAAUAUGUAGGAGCCUGGGAUUCAUAGGGGGUCAUGCUAAGCAACUGGCAAUGCCCAACAUAAUAACAGAUCGAAACAAUGGUGUUGUUAUUGAUAAAUUUACAGACAUAACACUGAAUAUUAAUACCACUAUCAGACUAAGAAAUAGUAAUACGCCUAUUGCUCGUGCAGUUGCCAACGAAAUUGAAGAUUGUUACCCAGUUUUUAUAGAAUGUCUUUAAGUAAAUCAAUAUUACUAUGUGUAUUUUGCAGUUAUUUGUUUAAGGUAUUUUAAGAAAUUAAAUAUAUUUAUUUUUAUCUU